AUGCAAAUUGCAGAAACUGUGGGUGUCUCGCCAAAAGCUAUUACAUUGGUCUUAAACGAUCGGUACCAGCUUUUGCAAGAGGAUCUUAAGGAAGAUGACGUGCAAAUUGGCGGCGUUGAUCCCGAUGGUAAUCCAAUUGUCGUGGAAAUUGACAAAUCCAAAUUCGGCAAGAGGAAGGGUAGCCGUGGUCAUCGCGCUGAUGGCGUUUAG